UCUUGUUUAUUUUUUAUUUUUCAUUUUUCAUUUUUUUUUUCUUACAAAAAUGAAGUUGAAGCCAGUAUCAUCUUAUAAAGCAUAUUUGGAAGAGGACAGGAUCGAAAAUUUACGCUUAUAUAAAUAUGGUGCUGUUGACAAAUCUCCCAUUUCUAAAUAUAUUUUAAAACAUUAUUGGGAUUUCGCUAUAAAGUUAUUCCCCAGAUGGAUAGCUCCAAAUCUAAUCACUUUGAUCGGUUUGUUUUUCAUGAUUGCCAACGUGAUUAUUGUAUGUAUAUGGGCACCAUUACUCGAUACAACUGCGCCAAACUGGAUCAAUUUCAGUUUUGCUGCCGGCCUUUGGUUAUAUUCCACAUUUGAUAACGUCGAUGGAAGACAAGCCCGUCGUACUGGUACCUCAUCUCCUUUGGGUGAAUUAUUUGAUCACGGAUGUGACGCUAUCAACUGUACUUAUGUCGCUUUACUGCAAUGCGCUGCUUUGGGCCUCGGUCAUUCACCUAGUUCUGCUAUUCUUCUAUUUGUCACUAUUAUUGGAUUCUAUCUUUCUACAGCCGAGGAAUAUUAUACUGGUGUACUUUAUUUGGGUUAUGUCAAUGGUCCCACCGAAGGAAUCAUUGUUACUUGCUUAGCUUUUAUUUGGUCUGGUAUUUAUGGUAUUGGAUCGUGGCACGUGCCCCUGAAAGAGAUCUCAUGUCUUUCUUGGAUGGGUUUUUUACCUAGUAACACAACUUUUGCCGAUGUGUUUGUGAUUGGGAUGGUACUAUUUUUCGUUGUCACACAUCUUCCUGUUUGUGUUUACUCCAUUGCACAAGCAUGUAAUGCAAAGGGGCUCAGCAAAUGGCGUGUAUUUGGGAAUGUAUUUCUACCUAUUGUUGUCACAGGAUCAUUGAUUACUUUCUGGAUCCAUUUAUCAUCUUUUACAGUAUAUUCCCAAAAGCAUUUUAUUCUCUUUGCUAUUUUUAUUGGAUUUUUAUUUGGCGAGAUGGCCUCCGAUAUUAUCUUGGCUCACUUGACAAAGUCGGAAUUUCCUCUUUUUAGAAAUAUCUAUUAUCCAUUAGCCUUGUUUGCCUUGCUCGGAGCAUUAACCGAGUUCACUAGAUUUGAGUAUAACGAGUAUUUUUUGUUGAUUGGGAUAACAUGCGUCACUUUCGUUAAUUACAUGAUUAGAGCAGUGCGUGUCAUCAAUGCAUUCUGCGAGUUUUUAAACAUUCGGUGCUUGGUGAUUCCUCAUCAUCCUAAGCCCGUAUUACCCGUCGCGACAGAGUCCGAAUCCCUGCUGACUACCAAUGGUUCAAACUAUAGCACUAUUUAAUACCCUAUCCAUUUUAUCCAUUUUAAGUUAUUUAUUAAAAAAGAACGAGAAAAAAAAAAAAGAAAAAGAAAAAAAAGGAAAAAAAAGAAAGAAAC